UCAUUAGCAUAUAACUUGAUGCAAUUCAAAGCAAUGCUACUUAGCCAGAACUGAACUGAAAGCCCUGUAUAGUGCAAAACUCUAUUAUCACUGGUAGCUUCAAUAUUAGAGAGAGAGAGAGAGAGAGUAGAAUUGUUAGUGAGUGAGGAAAUGGGUAAGGGGGGAAUGUCAAUUGAUGAUCAUGGAGAAGGCAAGGAAGUUGUUGAACAAGAAGAGAAUAUGGCUGCUUGGCUUGUUGCUAUGAACACUCUCAAGAUUCAACCUUUCAGUCUUCCUACUCUUGGGCCCCAUGAUGUCAGAGUUAGAAUGAAGGCUGUUGGUAUCUGCGGGAGUGAUGUUCACUACCUCAAGACACUGAGGUGUGCACACUUUGUUGUAAAAGAACCAAUGGUUAUUGGUCAUGAGUGUGCUGGGAUCAUAGAAGAAGUUGGUAGCCAGGUAAGGACUUUGGUGCCUGGUGACCGAGUGGCGAUUGAGCCUGGGAUCAGUUGUUGGCGUUGCGACCACUGCAAACAAGGUCGAUAUAAUUUAUGCCCUGAUAUGAAGUUUUUUGCUACUCCACCAGUCCAUGGUUCUCUGGCUAAUCAGAUAGUGCAUCCAGCAGACUUAUGUUUUAAGCUGCCAGACAAUGUGAGCCUGGAGGAAGGGGCAAUGUGUGAACCCUUAAGUGUUGGCGUUCAUGCUUGUAGGAGAGCUAAUAUUGGACCGGAGACAAAUGUGUUGAUCAUGGGAGCAGGACCCAUAGGACUUGUUACAAUGCUUGCAGCUCGUGCUUUUGGGGCACCCAGGAUAGUCAUUGUGGAUGUGGAUGACCAUCGUUUAUCUGUGGCAAAAACUCUUGGUGCAGAUGAAAUUGUUAAAGUAUCAACAAACAUUCAGGAUGUGGCUGAAGAAGUUCUGCAGAUACAUAAGGCUAUGGAAGCUGGUAUAGAUGUUACCUUUGAUUGUGCUGGUUUUGACAAAACCAUGUCUACAGCAUUGAGUGCUACUCAGCCAGGUGGCAAAGUUUGCCUAGUGGGAAUGGGCCAUUCUGAAAUGACUGUCCCACUCGCCCCAGCUGCAGCAAGGGAAGUUGAUGUGGUUGGAGUUUUCCGCUAUAAAAACACGUGGCCUCUUUGCCUUGAGUUUCUAAGGAGUGGCAAAAUUGAUGUAAAACCCCUUAUAACUCACAGGUUUGGAUUCUCUCAGAAGGAAGUGGAAGAAGCCUUUGAAACAAGUGCCCGUGGUGGUAAUGCCAUUAAGGUCAUGUUCAAUCUUUAGAUAUUGGACUGUGAAUUUACAAGCUGUCUUAUUUUGAAAAAAUAUAUUGUGUGCGCGCUUGCUCAUAUUAAAUACUUUUGAAUUUAUAAUUUGGGUUAUGAAUAAAGUGGUUUCAAGAAGAAAUUUAACUUCAUUCAUGUUUCUUAAGGAAUUAUGAAUAUUGAUGGCCAGAAUAGUCAUUUCUAGAACUGAUGUGUUGGAUGCUUAAGGACUAAUGUGGCAAACAUUUGUAGUUCUUUUGGGGCCUCGAGUGAACCAAACAUUCUGAAGGACUAAUGUGUUUAUUUCUUAAAUUCUUGAUGACGAAGUGAAAUUGUCUCUUCAGUGAACUAAUAAAGGUGUAUUUACCAUUAGUAUUAUGAUGAACAUAAAAGAAUUAACAUACACUUUGAUCUAUGAAAGUGAUAACUUGUGUUGUUUGAAUGUUUUUGUCUAUACAAAUUAACCUUUUGAGGG